CUGAGGGCUGGGAGCAAGGUGUAGGGGGAAAUUUAGCUGUUACUGUGGCAUGGUCAUGAAGAAGAGGCGGCGGCGGGAGGCAGCAGGAGGCGGCGGGGGCGUGAAUCUGCUGUAGCUGCCAGUUGGGCUGGUUUGCGCCUUUGUGGGAAGGGCGUAGUUCUUAAACCCCUCUCCGGGCAGCGGCCGGGGCUCGGGGCUAAGAGCGGCCGUAGGGCCGCCUCCCCGGGCCCCGUGGCUCCGCCAUGUUCCGCAGGGCACGCCUUAGCGUGAAGCCGAAUGUCAGGCCUGGUGUGGGCGCCAGGUCCUCCACCACCCCCAAUCCCCAGCGUGGACAGGAGGCUCCCAGGCCGCCGGAACCUGCAGCGGCCUGUGACCCAAAGCCAGCGGUGCCCACAGAUGUGCCCCUGGUGGGUUUCGAGGGAGCGGAGGCCCAAAAAGAGGCUUCCAGGAGCAGUGAUGAAAAGACUGAUGGUAAGAGUGAUAUUGAAGAACCCAGUAAAUCUUCCUCUACUGUUUCACAGAGAAGAAAGCGAAUAUCAAGUACUCCUACACUGGUUAAGCCUGGUGUCCGUGUUCCGCCAGAGCCUCAUCCCUUAUCUACAGUCAAUCAAGAAGCUCCAAAGCCAAACUCAGUUCCAACAAAGGAGAAACAGCCAUGCUCAGACAGAUACCGAAUAUACAAAGCCCAGAAACUGAGAGAGAUGUUAAAAGAAGAAUUAAGAAAAGAAAAGAAACAAUGGAAAAACAAAUAUGCCGUAAAUGAAAGCCAGAGGCCACCGGAUCGUUCAAAAAUGACUAUGAGAGACUUCAUAUAUUACCUGCCAGAUAACAAUCCAAUGACGUAUUCACUGGAGCAAGAAAAGAAAACUGAAAAAUCAUUGACACCAGUCCAGACAAGAGAGCAAGAAGAUAAGAGUACUCCUCAUGAUGAAGAUAAUGAAGAACUAGAAGAAGAGAUGGAUGAUGGGCCACUGCUGGUUCCCCGAGUAAAAGUGGCGGAAGAUGGUUCUAUAAUUUUAGAUGAAGAAAGUUUGACUGUAGAAGUUUUAAGGACAAAAGGUCCCUGCGUUGUUGAGGAAAAUGACCCCAUAUUUGAGCGUGGUUCUACAACUACAUAUUCCAGCUUCAGGAAAAACUAUUACUCUAAACCAUGGUCAAAUAAAGAAACAGAUAUGUUCUUUUUAGCCAUCAGCAUGGUAGGAACUGACUUUUCUAUGAUUGGACAGCUUUUUCCUCACAGAGCAAGGAUAGAAAUUAAGAAUAAAUUUAAACGUGAAGAGAAAACAAAUGGAUGGAGAAUAGACAAAGCAUUCCAGGAAAAGCGUCCUUUUGACUUCAAUUUUUUUGCUCAUUUGCUUCAGAAAGUUCUUGCUGAGGAAGAGAAAAGAAAACAAAAAUCCAUUAAAAAUCAGAGUUUAAAGGAGAAGAAAUCCUCUAAACCACGGAAAAAUGUAAAAGUGAAAAAGGUUGCCAGUGAAGUAGUGAAUGAAAAUCCAGAUGAAUCUGUGAAUGCUAACAUUUCAGGCACAGAAGAGUCUCAAAAGGAUGCUCAGACAGUUCAAGAACAACAGCCUCUGAUUUCGUCAGGGCAGGAUUCAGAACAGAUUGCAUUAGAACCAGACCUAAAUCAAAAGAAAAGGAGAAGAAAAAAUCAAGAUGAAGUUGGUAACCAAGAAGUAAAAAGUCUUUCAGGAAAUGCCACUGUUCAGCCAGGCCCUUCUAAAGGAGAAAACCAGAAAAAUAAAUGUCAGUCUUUAAGACCUGAGAUAAAUGAAGAUGAAGUCAAUAAGGAACAGACACUUUCCUGUGUACAGAACACCAGUGAAGUUGCAGAUCUAUCCUCCAGGGACAAAGUUGUGAAAAAAACUGACCCUAUUCUUUUAUCAAGCAGCCAAGAAGAUGCCAUGUCAACAGCAACUGAGACUCCAGAUUCAGGCACUCCAGAUUUGCAUUCAGAAGUUGGAUUUAGAGCCUUGUGUGAAGUGAAUGAUGCUGAGAGUAGUUGUACAGAAGAAAGAAAUGUUGACCUAAAAAACACAUCACUGGAAGCUGGUCAAACAGAAAAUGUUAAACUAAUGGCAAGAGGACGACUUCAGAGACCUAAACCCAAUUUAUCAAGGGCUGUUGGGAAGAAAUCAGUUCUUUCACAAGGUAAAACAGAUGCAGAGAGCAAGAGUUUACAUUCAGAAACUUCAUUUGAAAAGACCCACGUGGAAAAGGAUAAAAUGAAUUUAUUUGACAUUUCUGGAAUGGAGAAUACAGAGAACUCAGAAGCUGAUACUGUACCUAAUUUGAGCAAAAAAGUGAGUCUGUGGGAAGAUGAUCAACCAAAGGCUUUCAGACCUGCACAACUAAUGAGGGGCCGAUUGCAAAGGCCAAAGCCAAAUGUAGGGAAAGCUUCUGAAAGAAAAGAAAUUCUUGCAUCACAGGAAGAAAUUGGGGCCAGUGUUGAAAAGAAUGAACGUGAAUCUUGUAUUGAUAGAGAUACUCCUGAACAGAUAGAUCAGUCACAUAAAAAUUUUGAGUGUGAAGACAUUACAUCACAAUCUGAAAAAAGAGAUACUUUUCAAAAUAUUCAGCCAGAUCAGCCCAAGUCUCUGAAUGAGUGUCUAAGUACUCAAGAGCAUAAUAAAGCAAAUACACUCAAACAAGUUCCAGUUUUAAAGAAUCGAUUUCAGAAACCAAAACCAAAUAUAGGAAGAAGAACUGGAAGAAGAGAGAAUUUCUCAAAGGAAGAGAUUGUUGCCUCUGGGGAAAAGACAGCAGCAAGGCUGGAAACCGCACCAAGGGAGGAGGUGCCGGUGGAAGCUAACACUGCUAAGGAAACAGAGUCAGAGUUACAAGAAACUGGAAGAAGAGACAUCUCUCCCAGGAAGAAGGUACCAGAAAUGAUUGAUGUCACUGUGGAAACGGAAACAGGUUUGAAAGAAACUGGGAGGGAGAUUUCUCCAAGGAGGAAGAUUCCAGAGGUGACUGGUGUCACUGAGGAAAUAGAGACAGAGCUGGAAGAAACUGGGAGACAAGACACAUCCCCACAGGAAAAUACCCUAGAAGACAACACUGUAGGAAAAGUGGAAGCAGGUUUGAAAGAAACCAGAGGGGAGAUUUCUCCAAGGGAGAAGGUGCCAGAGGUGAUUUACACCACUGAGGAAAUAGAGACAGAGCUGGAAGAAACCACAAAUGAAAUAGUCUUCCAGGAAAAUGCCCUAGAGGACAGCACUGUAGCAGAAGUGGAAGCAGGUUUGAAAGAAACCAGAGGGGAGAUUUCUCCAAGGGAGAAGGUGCCAGAGGUUUCUAAUGCCACUGAGGAGGGUGAAACACGUUUGGAAGAAACUGAAAGAAGAGAAAUAACUGCACAAGAAAAGUCCCCAGGGAUCAAAACUAUAGAUGAAGGGGAGACAGAUUUGAAAGAAAUUGAAAAAGAAAUUUCCUCAAGGGAAAAGGAGCUAGCAGGGAUCAGUGCCAUAGGGGAAGGGGAGAUUAAUGUGCAAGAAACUGGAAGAGACAUUUCCCUGAUGGAAAAUGUAUCAGGGAAGGUGGCUGCCAUUAAGGUAACAGAGGCAGAUUUUAGAGAAACUGGAAAAAUUUCCUUGACGGAAAAUGGAUCAGAAGAGAUCAAUGAUAAGGAGGAAAUGGUGGCAGAUUUGGGAAAAACUGGAAAAAUAGACACUUCUCUAGGGGAAAAUGAACCGGAGGAGACUGGGACAUUGCUACAAACUGAGACAGAUUUAAUGUCUAGCAGUAGUGCUGACUGCAGUGCUGUGCCUUCACUAAAUACCAAAAACAUAAGCAGUGAAGUAUUAUUUGUGGUACAUACAUCUGUAGAAGAAAAAAGAAAUUCUGAGAAGGAAUUACCACAUCAGUUGAGUCCUUUGAAGACUUCUUCAAUGAUUCCUAAACCUGAUAAAGCAGAAGACCAGGGGACACAAUCUGCUAAUGUUCCAGAACAGUGUUUAGACAGUAAUUUAAGCAAAUCUCUUCCUCAAGAACAAAAGCCAUUUGAAGUUAAGCCAGUACCUUUCAUGAGAAGUCGAUUCAAAAGACCAAAACCAAACUUAUCAAGAGCAGCUUUAAAAAGAGAGACUGUGGAAGCAGAAAAACACGUGCCUGGGAAGAAAUUGGAAACAGAUAAAAUGGAGACGGUUGUGAUACAACAGGAUGGUGAACAAAUGAACACUCUCCCUUCUCAGCAUGAAGUAUCUUCCUUAAUGACAUCAAGAGAAAAAGACAAAUCAGGCCACAGACAGGAGGAGGCUGUGAAAUUACCAUGUGCACAGACAGAAAAGAAUCUUCUGCCUUCAAGUUCUUGUGAAGCUAAAGGGGAGUCUCAAUCUGCACAAGCCCAGGAAAAGGAAUUACUUAUUUCCAUGGGAACUGAUAACAUAAAUACUUUUCAAGAAGGAAUGAAGGAAAGUGCUGUCCAAACUGCUCAGCUAGUAAGGGGGCAACUUCAGAGACCCAUACCAAACAUAAGAAAGGCAGAUCAGAGGCAAAUGGCAGAGGAAGAUGAAGCCAAAGGCAUAGUUAAGGAAGAAAGAACAAUAGUACCAAGAGAUGAAACUAAAAAGAAAUUCCUCACUCUGCCAAAUUUUCAAAUUGAAACUGAAAUUGAAAUUGUAUCCUCCAAAGUUUCUGAAGGAAGAAUGUGUGAAAAUCAGAGUCGUGUGGCUCUUGAAGAAAAGCAUGCUAACAGAAUUAAUACUUUAGAUAAAAAGAUCAGACAUGAACAUAAAACGUAUGUUUCUAGUCCAGCACAAUUGAUUAGAAGGCAGUUCCAAAAGCCUAAGCCAAAUUUGGGAAGAGCACAUGGUAAGAAAGAGGAAUCGGGUAUAGAAAAAGAGAGAGCAGAUCAGAGUGAGGCGAGGAAGCCAGAAGAUAAUUCAAUGCAGCAAGGAGAUUCUGACACUAAUUUCCUUCAAAAAGAAAAAGCUGAGCUUCUGACAUCUCUGGAGGUUUCAGCAGGAAAGGAUUGUGUGGGUUCCCAAGAGGCUGGUUUGGCCAAGAAAGAUGCUCUUUCGGAAGUUGGACCAUCAGGAAGUGUUGGACAGAAAACUGUAGGGGAUAAUGCUGUCUCUUCGAUUAUUAAAGAACAGUGUCUCAGUAAACUAGCAAGCCAUUCACAAAUGUUAAAAGAAUCAAAUUACUCUAAAAGUGUUCUAAGUCGAAGGACAACUCUCUCUUCUGCCUCUGGACGUGAGAUAGAUCAUAGUGUCAGGAGAACUCAUCGAAAGAUCAAACCAAAUGUCACCAAAGGGCGUGGAUCAAAACGAACUCGUAGUAAGACUUCGAAGAAGGAACCCAGAACUUCCAAGGCCAUGCUGGUGACUCUUCGGGCUUCACAGGAAGAGGACGAAGAUGAUGUUGAGGAUUUUGAAUCUGACUUUGAAGAAGAAAGCUAUCAUCUUGCUCCAGAAGAAAUAAACAAAGCUCCAGUGUUUGUACCUGUUGGCCUCAGAUCUCCUGAACCUGUUCCUGCUCAGAUUGAGGAAACGAUGGAAGAGCUUGAAAUAACUGUGAAUGUUCCAGAUAUAGGAUUCAUAACUGUUGAUGAACAUCAGCUCUCAAACGCAGAUGUGACCACUCAGGAAAUGGAACAAGAAGAAAAUUUGAAUGUAUUAUCAGUCGAAAUGACCACAGGUGAACAUACCCAAGAUGAAACAGAUACCAACAACGAUGGAAGCGCUGAAGCUGCCAUAACUUUACUUACAAUGGGCGACCUAGUGUUGCAGUCAGAGAUCAGUACAGAACAGAGUGAUGGAAUAUGUGUACUACCUGGUGUUCACUCAAAGGAUAAAAGCCAUAUUCCUUUUAGCCCCGAUCAUGUCAGUCAUGAAAUUGUUCAUGAAUCUCAGGAGCUUUCUUUACCUGUCAAUAGUGUACCUCCUUCACCGUUAGAAGGAAACCAGAUUGUAUUGGAGGAACAAAGUACUAAAGAAGAAACUGGUUUAAUGGAGACAGUAAAGGAAAACGCUGUAUCAACCAGGAAUACAACUUCUAAAGUGACCAAUGAUUUGAGAAUGAGAAGUAGAUUUGCCAAACCUAAGCCCAAUCUUAAAAAGAUUUUAGGGACCAACAGAUUCGGUGCUCAUCAGGAAGUUCCCAGUUUGUUUGUAACCAAAGGAGAAGUGGAAAUUCAAAGAGAAAUGGAGAAAAAUGUUUCCAAAGCAACAGGAUUAGAAGAUAAAAACCUUGAAUCAUUCUCAACAGAAGAGAGUAAGGAACAGAGCCCGUUGGCACAUGUACAUGGUAUUGAAGAGACCAGAAUUUUGCAGGAAGCAAGCAUAGCUGAAAGAAAGGAAGAUCAAGAACAGGGAUCUCAGGAAGUUCAGAUGUUGUCAUUUGCUCCGAUUGUUUCCUCUGAGACAAGCUCCCAGACACUUGAUUUGGGUAGUGGUCUUGGUGAGAGUUCUGUUGGAGAGCCCCUGAGAAAGGACUCAGAUGGAGACCAUGUGCUUACACUUUGUGUGCCAGAGUGCACACCAACUAGUAUUCCAGAAGUCCAACAAGAGAAUGCAGCCAAUCCUCAAGAUUUAACAGUGAAUCUAGUUGCUGACGUACAUCAUGAUGGUGAGGAUGAACAAGCAUUCAUUUUAACUCUAGUGGAAAUUCCAACCAAUACAAUAGAAGAAUUUACUGACACUGCAACACAGUUAAUGCCAAACCCUUUACUGCCAGCGCCCAUAUUGGUCAAAUCAGUGACUGCAGAAGAAAAGGGUGACAUGAGUAUGAGUUUUCCAGUAACUUCAGUUGGUCAGGAUGCCGUGUGUUUAUCUAAUUCUGGAAGUGAUGAUUCUGAAAAGCCUCCUGCUAAUUUGGAUUUUAUAUCUAGGAAGAGAUUUCAUUGUAGACUUGAUGAAAGUGAUCAUGUUCCUCCUGCCAAAAAAUGUUCACUCACUUCAAGAGAAAAUUGUCAAAAAUAUAUCUCUGAGGUAUAUUCAAAGGAAUUAAUAAAUGUUUUUGAGGAAACAGGGAAGUCUUACAAGGGACAAGAUAUCUUUCCUACUUCAGAAAGCACACACAUAACUCCAGAACCUCAGAAAGAGAAACUUGAACCAGCUUUUCAGAGUAUAGGAUCUAGACCUCUUGAUAAAAUAAUGGAUACACAUAUAGAAAAGAAUACACCUCAGUUACCUCAGGAUAAGAUGAUUGUGUCUGAUAAGGAAGAAAGAAUUUGUACAGCCUCUAAGUCUGAACAAGUGGAUGGCAUCACACCAUCUUCAAAAACCCCAUUAUCCAGACCUGGUAGAAGACCCCUGGGAUUUUUAUCUUUAAUAUGUUCAAAGAAUAGUUUGGAGUCUGAUGCACCUACUCAGGUUCAUAGUAAGAAACGCCUAAAACCUCUUAUACCUGUAUCAAGAAAGAAUUUGAAAAGAUCCAAACCACUCAGUGAAAGCCAGAAAAAAAUUCAAGAAUCCUCUGAUUUGCUUUCAUCUCCAAGUGUUGAUAAUACUCAGCCUGAGAAUAUUGGCAGUUCAGCAGUUCAGGUUUCUGGUGAUGGUUCCUUACCAAAAGAAGAAUGUAAAAGUGUCCAAAACCAGGCACUUGGAGAAGAGCCAUCCACAGUCUCUGAGUAUUUCUUUAAUGAUAUCUUUAUUGAAGUGGAUGAAAUAGAAUGAAAGUUUUGUUGUUGUUUUUCUUUGAGUCUAGAAUUUCCAGAGUCAAUUAUAUCAACAGAACUGUAUUUAGAAAAAAACAUCAUGUCUGUUUUUCUUUAUAUUGAUUUUGACUAUUUAAUGAGCUUGAUUUGAAGUUUUUUAUAUGAUCAGUGGAACACAUUGCUGAGGUUCCUUUCAUUCUGAUUAAUUCAGCAUUUUGGAAAUACCAAGUAUUUAAGAUUGCUUUCUCAGAAAUAGCAACUCUUGUUUACAUUUUGACUCUUCCUGUACUGAAAACACAUGGACAUUCUGGAAUGUUGUGAGUUGAUAAAUGUCUCUGUAUAAAUCACAGUGCUUACAUAUUUGGAGGUGGAUUGUAUUUAACAUUUAGCAGACUACCUUUGUGAAGGCUUUUCUUUUCUUUUGUUUGUUUGGAUUUUUCUUUGGGUGAUUAAGGUGUUUCACUUGCCUCUAAGCAUAUGAAAGUAAAUUGUUUAAAAACUUUUCUAUUAUCAGCUAUUUGAGAAAUAUGUAUUUUUCUAAUUCAUGUUAACAUUAGUCCUAAUUGAAGAACUAGUAUUUAAAUUUAUUUAUAAAGAUGAAACAUCAAAAAGCUUAUUUAUUUUUAAAUUUUUUAUUUAAAAGAAUAUUCAGUUUUAAUUAUUUUCACCCCUCAGAAUAUGGGUAAAGAAGGCAAUGACACUUUUGUUUGUCUCCUUUCCCUCUUUAAUUUUAAGCUGUUGAAAGUGAUAUAACAAAGUAUUUGGAUAGUGUAUAUGUCUUGAAUACAUUUUUCUCAUAGAUUUAGUAUAUUGACUUUGUACUGUGAAUAUUUUGUUUUUUUCUUAUUUCUUGGAUAAUCUCAGGAUUUGUAUGGGGAAAAAAACCCUUACCUUCAUUGAUGAGGCAACUUUUCAUACAAAACCAGUCUCCAUUACACACACACACACACACACACACACUCCUUCUUUUAAAAAUCAGUUUCUUGAUAGUUUCCUCCCCCCAUCAAAUUCUGCUUAAGGAACAUUUAGGCUUUUAAGUACAGAACAUAAUUAUGAUAUUAAAAAGAGAAAAUAAAGUAACAAUAAGACUAUUAAUUCAGUGAUUAUGAAUUUUAGAUGUUUUUGCUUUUGUAAUUUACAUAUGUAAUGUGUUACUCACCCAAGCAAAUCUUUGGUGUGGUUCAAAUUAAACUUCUCAAAGAGCAGAUUUAUCCUCAGUUGAUAAUAUUACUACAUUAAGUUGGGAGUUAGAAACACUUUUUGCAAAAUAUUUUUCAGUUUAUGGGCCAGAUGACCUCUGUGGCAACUACUCAGUUCUGCCAUUUCAGUUGAUAACAGCCACAGACAAUACUUAAAUGAUGGAUGUGGCUGGCUUGUGCUUUUAGUUCGACCCUCUACGUGAGACAGUAAAUUUCUUACCUUAAGGUGCUGAUGUCUUUAUCUAUGAGAUAUUUGUCAUUGAAAUUGUAGUUGUGCCUAACAAAACUAUUGAUUGCAUUAUGGAAUGAUCAGUAUUUCAAAGGGAAGAUAUUUUUAAUGUCUAGAUCAUUGUGUUUGUAUAUUGAAAAAAAUAGUGGACAAUUUUCAGGUUCAUUAGUAAAAGAGGAUAUGGCUCAGGAGGAAGUACAACAGUAAUUCUAAUUUAUUAAAAGAAUUGAUAUUGGAGCAUUUGUUCUUCAUUUUCUUUUAGUGAAAUUUAACUUUUUUUUUUGCCAUAAAGGAGGAUCUAUAAAUCUGAGUGGAAAUUCUCUAUAGGCAUGCAUUUAUUUAUUUCAUGUGCUCACAAGAAUCAUGCUAGUAAAUCACAUUGCUAUUUUAAUGCCCUGUUUUUAUAAAUUUUUAAACAACUCAUUCUGAAAAGGUUUCUUUCAUUUGAUUAAUGUUGAUUUGGGUGUUAGGUUGCCACAAUUAAACUAUUAUUUUAUCUCUUGUAUAAUAUUUAUGUUUUAACUUUGUUAAUGUUGGUCUCUUGUGCACCUACAGUGAAUUAAUUUUAUGAGAGUUGUAACUUUUUACUGUAUAAAUAAUUUUAUUUUUGGGGCAUUUAUUUUAUUAGAGAAGUCACCCAGCCAAAUUAUCCUACUAUUAUAUCUUUAAAACUAAUCUUGGAGAAAGAGAAACUUAAUCAGUGUAUUUAUUUACCUUUUUAGGUGGAAGGACUUGUUCACACCUGUAUUUAAUCUAUUCAUGUAAAGAUGAUGUUGGGAAAAAUUUGUAUUUUAUGAAUCUUAAAGGAGAUAUAAUUAAAAGCCUUUAUUUUUUUCUUGACUUUCCUCCUGAACACUUACAUCUUAGCAAAUGGUUAACAUUACAGUUUAAGAGCCUAAUUUGUUGGUAAAUGUUUGAGGCACAGAUAAAAAUACGAAUAUCCACUGUUUACCACUAUAUUAUUUGAAAUAGAAGUGACAAUGUAUACAUACUAUCUUGCUUGAAGAAGUCUUUGAGAAAAAAGCAAUAUGUCACUUGUAAAUUUUCUUGUUUUAAAGAAAGCAGUUAUGUUCUACAGAUAUAAAUUAUGUAAAUAAAUGUUAUUUUAUACUA